AUGAAGGUCUCACAUGCAACACUGUGCAUCAUGCUUACCUUGGUCGUGCUAGCUGAGACAGGGUUGUGUGUUGCAGCAGUGACGUGUAAUGCGUUGCAGCUGAGUGCAUGCGCGAGCGCCAUCACCUCCUCGAGUCCUCCUUCAUCUGUUUGCUGUAGCAAACUGAAGGAACAAAGGCCUUGCCUUUGCCAGUAUUUGAAAGACCCCAACCUCAAGAGGCUUGUUAACUCUCCCAAUGCUAGGAAGGUUGCUAAUGCUUGUGGUUCCCCAUUCCCCUCUUGCUAG